AGAGAACCAGUUGGUCACCGGAGUUGAAUGAGAGUGGUUGGAGCGAGUAAACUGCCGUAGUGCCACUAGUAAGUACCCGACGUUUGGGGACGGAGGUGGCAGCGCCGUUUUCGUACCAAGAGCGUGGCUGGCACUGUGCGUUCAGACGUCUCCAAGUUCACGUUGCGAUCACCAGGAUAAAAGCAGCCAUUUUUGAAGGAAGAUAUUCUAGCGGUUUGCCAUGGAAGACAAAAUGGAGGACGAGAAGAACUGCCACAAUGGAAAACUGAUAGAUAAGAUGAAAGAGGCCGAGCGCCUUCAGGAUGAUCCGCUAUAUUCACAUGAAGAUUAUAAACUACAACUGCCCUUAGACGAAAAACAUGGAAACCAGGAAGCACAAGGAGGUUUCGACGAGGCACUGGAACAUGCCGGUUCCUGGGAUCGUUACCAAAAAUGGGUGUUCUUCAUCGCCUACGCUUCACAGAUAUUCUGUGGAAUGCACGCUGUGUCGGCAGCCUUCUUGGGAGCAACACCUGACCACUGGUGCCAAGUUCCCGGUUUACCAGAGGAAACUGAUGAGGAUCCAUCGUUACUACGCAACUUCACCAUACCUUGGUCACCGGACGAUGGCUACUCCAGAUGUGAGUAUUACGACAUCAAAGAUUACAACCGCACAUUGGCCGAGUUCAAACAGAACAAGCUGGAGGUCAGACCCCAGGAUACGCGGCGAUGUUCGUCUUGGGUGUUUGAUGAUUCGGAGUUCCCCAGCACGCUAGUGUCUGACUUUUCACUUGUCUGCGGAAGGCUCUGGCUGAAAGCAGCUGUCCAAGCAAGUUACAUGAGCGGAUUACUCAUAGGAUCCUUGACCAUGGGUCAGCUGUCGGACAGAUACGGACGCCGGACGAUGACCAUGAUCAGUACUUCCCUGGCCAUUAUCGUUGGCACCCUGGCUAGCUUCGCCAAUUCAUUCCCCUUCUUCCUCCUCCUGAGGUUCUUCUUGGCCUUCCUCAAUGCAGGACCCAUGGUCAUAUGCUUCGUGUUAGUGAUGGAGCUGGUGAAACCAGGCGUCAGAACAUUCACGGGCAUGAUGUACGCUUUCUUCUUCGGCAGCGGCAUAACAAUCCUUCCUGGCAUCGCCUACUUUAUUAGAGAUUGGCGACAUUUGCAACUGGCUAUUAGCUUACUUAAUGGAAUCCUCUUCUCCUAUUACUGGCUUCUACCUGAAAGCCCUCGUUGGCUGGCAUCUCAGGGACGUACCGAAGAGGCCUUGACUAUUAUGAAGAAAAUUGCCAAGACGAAUAAACGUAACCUGCCCCCAGACUCCCACAUGGUCAAGCUUAUGACUACAAUCAACAUCAAACUCAAGGUCGGUGACGACGACAAUGAGAGGCCAAGAGGCUGCUGCUCAGGAGUCAUCAAAAUGUUCAGCCGACAGAUCGACCUUAUAAGGACGCCCGUCAUGCGCCGCCGUUGCGUCAUCGGCUUCUACGUGUGGUUCGUCUCCGCCAGCGCCUACUACGGCCUCAUCUUCUCGGGUGGAAACAUCAGGGCUAAUCUUUUCCUCAUGAUCUUCGUUUCGGGAAUUGUCGAGAUUCCUUCGGUCUUCGUUUCCAUCUUCAUCAUGAACAGAAUUGGGCGUCGCUUAACAAUGAUUGGACUUUUCAUAGCUACAGCCACAUGCUGCUUGCUCAUUCUAGCAGUCCCGAAAGAGCUCGUCUACGUCAACUUCUGCCUAGUCAAUUUGGGCAAGUUCUUCACGACGGCCGUGUUCGCCCUGUGCUUCCUCUACACGUCGGAACUCGUGCCAACCGUCGUUCGCAACAUUGCCGUGGGGACGUCGUCCAUGUUCGCCAGAGUCGGAUGUAUUAUCACGCCGUUUGUCGUCGAACUUUUGGGAGAAAUUCACUACGCCCUGCCCUCAACUUUAUUUGGAAUCUUAUCUAUCAUCGCUGCAUCUUUCACGUUGCUUUUGCCAGAGACCAGCAACAAGAAACUUACCGAAACUGUGGAGGAAGUAGAGGAAAUGGGUAAAUGAGAGAAAAAAUUGGGGAUGAAUAACGCACAGACUUAAGAAACGGUGAUUCUGAAAGUUCCGGACCCUUUUAGUCUCGACUUCAAAAAGGAACCACUUGUGCGCUGUUUCCUUUGAACAAGAUCGCCGACCCAGCCAAAAAAACUGUCAAUCUCUUUGAAUGUGUAUUUGAAAAAGUUAAAAUGCUUUUAGAAAUUUAAAUGAACUGUACAGUAUAAACAUGAGAAAAGGACCAUCAAAAUCUCUCAAGUGAAUAAGAAAAGAGAAAAUGGUCAUUCAAAUAUUUAUCGAGUAAUCUACUGUAAUAUAUUUAAAAAAGAAAAUACGUCAAUAACUUACAAAUGAACAACUGUACUAUACAAAAGAAGUGAAAAUUCAUCAUAAAUAUUACUGAACAACCGUACAAAAGAAAAGAGAAAUUGUCGUUAAAUACUCCUGUGAACUGUACAGUAUAGGAACAGGAAGAACAGUCUAAGAAUUGAAAGACCACUCCAUUUAACAACUGUAUUUAACAGUGUAACAUUAACAGAAAUUCUGUUUCACUUCAAGCUUCCACCUUGGGACCAUUUUGUGCUCUGCUCCAGCAAAGGUCUGGAAAAUAUAACCGACUUCAAAUGUUACUACUCUUGGAGGUGCUAAGGCCUCGCUUCAAGAGCAUGAUGAUUAUUUACAGUCACUAAUAUUUAGUGAAAUCUUUCUUAAGGUUUGUACAGAUGUACACUUCGGUGCAAAAGCGAUGGCACUACUUUCUCGAGUUCGCAAACUAACUUUAAAAGUUAACCUUCGUUAACAGAUAUUCAGUAUUGUAUUUCACUGAAUUUCCUUGCCGUCGAUUGUGGUAUAUGAAAGCAAAUGCAUAGUAUACUUCACGCGCAAGAUCCUGGGAAACGGUCACCUCAUUCAAACUGAAAGGUCGAUGUUUAUUCCUCAGAGCCUCAUUAUCCUUAUUAUGGGAUCCUUUUGUCGGAUCCCAUCAACACCAAAAUAAGAGCAACCUUUCCCCUUUUCAUGAGUCACAUCUCUCAAUGAGCAAAUCCUGAAGAACUAUGAAGUUAGAGUGCCACAGCUUUUGUACUAAAGGCAGCUAAUACUAGAAUUUUUCGUUGUUUUGAUCGUAAUUUAAUUCCAGACAAUCCUUCCUAGAGAAAGGUCUAACAAACAUAUCUCUAUUCUCGGUAUCUAAUUAUGAACAAUAGUGUAUGUUAAGUACUACAAAUAAUUCAUAGCACCCAUUUCCAAUUUAAAACAAGGCGUGAUCCGACCUCAAGCUUACACGGGACGCGUGCAAGAUUUUCCACUCACGCAUAAGUUGUAAACAUUAUAUUCCUAACUUUGAACGUAAAUUGAAACGUGCUGAAAUCUGCAGUCAAAUACAAUGUUUCACCAACGAAAUGUAAAAUAAGUUAUAUUUUAUUAGAUUUUUUUUUUUACUGUUUAACAUGCACAUCAUUUAUUUUUUUUACAUUUUCAUUUUAAUAAACGAAUCAUUAUUAUCCUAUCCUAAAAUUCCUGUAUCUUUAACUCAAUGUGAAACAUUUUUCAGACCAUUUUUAGGCUUGCCAUAGACCUUUCCUACACCCCCAACAACAACAACAAAAGUUUGUCGGCUUACUCCCCGAGUAAGCGAAAAAGGGGUAGAUGGGACCUUUUACUCAAAUCUAAAAAUAUUGGUGGUUUACACUACUUGAUCAAUUUCCUCAAACUCAACUCUAUUUCAUCAUCCUGAUCUACUUUUUAAAAAAAAUCAGCAUGGAAACUGUCUCAAGAAACAAACGUUCCAACUGAAAAUCUAAAAACCUCAUUUCAUCCUGAAUUUUAAAUGAACAGUGUCUAAAAAGUGUUAUAGUUACUUAAUGUGUGACUGAAAAAAUAGAUACCGCGUUGAAUAAAAAGAAAUUUGUCCGUCUCAGUUAUGUAAGAAAGCCUCUUUUGUUGACCUUGUUAUAGGUCUUUUCAGUUUGUUUAAUAGUGUUUUAAUACCUGGAUGUUGAUAUACUUCCAUUAUUUUGUACGUUAAUAAGUCUUUCAUGAAAUAAAAGUUUAUAUUGA